AAUACAACUUUUUGUAUUGAGAAGCUUAAAAAAAAAAAAAACUUUUUAAAAGAGAGGUAGCCCGUGCUAAAUAUAGUUAUAUUGCAGAAGUUCAUUUACCAGUUCUUGCUUACAAUGCAAAAAAAGAAAAAAAGAAAAAAAAUUAAGCUAAAAUACUGCAUGGUUUAGAAGAGGGAGGAGGAGCUUGAAUAACCUUUGCCAGGAAGUCUGUAAAUGGAGAGGCCCCACUGGGCCUUCAGUAUAAAAGGGGGACACAGAAGAGGAGGUCUACACUUUAGGGGCUUGCUCUGGCAGUACCAAAGCCACAAGGCAGCCUUGCAGAAGACAGAGGUCCACCAUGCCCGGCUCAGCACUGCUCUAUUGCCUGCUCUUACUGGCUGAGGUGGGGCUCAGCAGAGGCCACUACACCCAGGAGGAGAAUAAUUGCACCCACUUCCCAGUCAGCCAGACCCACAUGCUUCGAGAGCUGCGGAUUGCCUUCAGCCAGGUGAAGACUUUCUUCCAAAAGAAGGACCAGCUGGACAACAUACUGCUAACCGAUUCCUUACUGAAGGACUUUAAGGGUUACCUGGGUUGCCAAGCCUUAUCAGAAAUGAUCCAGUUUUACCUGGUAGAAGUGAUGCCCCAGGCAGAGAACCAUGGCCCAGAAAUCAAGGAGCAUUUGAACUCCCUGGGAGAGAAGCUGAAGACCCUCAGGAGGCAGCUGCAGCGCUGUCAUCGAUUUCUCCCCUGUGAAAAUAAGAGCAAGGCUGUGGAGCAGGUGAAGAGUGAUUUUAAUAAGCUCCAAGAGAAUGGCGUCUACAAGGCCAUGAAUGAGUUUGACAUCUUCAUCAACUGCAUAGAAGCGUACAUGACCAUCAGAAUGAAGAACUGAAACACCCAGGGUGUGUGUUGAAUCUACGACGCCAGGGCUUUAACCAGAGCUCUCUCAAUCUGAUCCAGGGAAUCUUAGCUAGUGCAAGCAACUCCUUGGAAAACCUUAUUGUACCUCUCUCCAAAAUAUUUAUUACCUCUGAUACCUCGGUUCCCU